AUGAAGCUUGCUUCUACAAUAUUUAAGAAGCUGGAGAUCACCAUUCCCUUUGGAGAGACCUUACAGCAGAUGCCUCUGUAUACAAAGUUUUUGAAGGACUUGCUCACGAAAGUGGGUAGAGCUCUUAUUGAUCUGGGGGCAAGCAUCAACCUAAUGCCCCCAUCUAUGUGCUGGAGAAUCAGGAAUUUGAGAAUUGCUUCUACUAGGAUGACGCUUCAGCUAGUAGACAACUCUAUUACUAGACCAUAUGGUGUAGUUGAAGAUGUCCUUGUUAAGGUUCACCAAUUUACUUAUUCAGUGGAUUUUCUGAUCAUGGAUAUAGAAGAAGACUUUUAUAUUCCCCUAAUACUGGGCCAACCAUUCAUGCUUACUGCAAAAUGUGUUAUGGACAUAGGGAAUGGAAACUUAGAAAUGAGUGUGGAGGAUCAGAAAGUCACCUUCAACCUAUUCGAAGCAAAAAAAACAUCCCAGUGA